AUGGGCAGCAUGUCAGAGCAUGACUGGGCCCUUGAUGGUCUCAGGGUCAUCGUAAUCGGUGCUGGAUUCGGUGGUCUCGCCUCGGCCAUUGCCUUGAGCAAGAGGGGAGCAUCGGUCACAGUCUACGAAUCCUAUCCCGACAUGACGAAGCAAGGCGAUGUGAUCAUGAUGGGCUCCAACGCAACAGUGCUGCUCAAACGAUGGGGCAACGUCCUGCCAGAGAUCAUGAAGGCUUCUUCGCUGCCUUCCCACAUGAACCUGAUCACCAAGGAGGGAAAGCUCAUUCUGGCCCAGAAACUGCCGUCCGAAUUCCACGGAAACCCCAACGUCUAUACCGCCAGAGGUGGAGCCCAGGCCGUAUUCUACGAAUACGCAAAGUCGCUAGGAGUCGACGUUGUCUUCGGAGCCAGAGUUUCUGAAAUCUACGAAACAGCCGACGCGGCCGGGAUUGUGGCCAACGGAGUCAAGCACGAGGCAGACUGCAUCGUGGCGGCGGACGGAGUGCACAGCAAGGCGCGAGGCUUUGUCACAGGCAUUCCAGACCGGCCUAAAAAGAGCGGCUUCGCAGUCUACAGAUCUUGGUUCCCCAUGUCUCGCCUGCUCGAGAAUCCUCUGACAAAGCCGCUUGCCGAGUCAGAGAACCCAAUCUUCAAAAUUUGGAUCUCCGAGGACAUCCACGCCAUCUGUACGACGAACCCGAGUCUACAGAGAGCAACAUGCUUCGUCACACACAAGGCAAACGUAAAGGAAGAUUGGAAUCUCCCCGGAAACAUCGAUGACAUGCGCCGCUGUGUUGAAGGCUGGGAUCCCCAACUCCUUGCGGCCGUUAACUGUAUUCCAGAGGACUGCUUGAUCGACUACAAACUUCUCUGGAGAGAUCCCGUCCGAAAAUGGAUCUCUGACGGCGGCCGAAUCGCUCUCGUCGGCGAUGCAGCUCAUCCUCAUCUUCCGACCUCCGGCACCGGCGGUUCUCAAGCAAUUGAGGACGGUACUACCAUUGCCGUCUUGCUAGCAAGAACCUGGGCCAACAGAGACAUUCCACUAGCGUUCCGAGCCUUUGAGCGUUUAAGAUACGAGCGAACGAGCCUCACUCAGCGCAUGGGCUGGGAGACGCGCCAUGUGUGGCAUCAAACCGACUGGGAAGCAGUGGCCAAGAAUCCCGAGUUGUUAUCGCUUCCCCAACCAGAAUGGCUAAAUGGCUGCGACGCCGAAAAGUAUGCAGAAGAUAAAUUCGACGCUGUCAUUUCUCAUCUACAGAAAGGCACGCCAUUUGAGUCGACCAACGUACCACCCGGCCAUGUUCACGAAGACUGGACUAUUGACCAGAUGCUUGCGUUUGAGGGCAAGAAGGUCGACAAGGAUUUCUACAAGACACGUUGA